CAGAGAGCGAGAAAUUGAAAGUAAAGAAAAAACAAAGGAAAACAAAAGAAGAGGGAAAAGGAAAGAGGGACGACAAAGGAAUCGUUGUCGGCGCCCAAUGCUUCCACCGACCAAUCUUCACCUCAUUAUCUCUUCCACUUCCACACACUCUUUCUCUAUCUCUAUUAAAAUCAAUUUUAUUUUCCCCCUGUCUUGAAACUUUUUUAAAACCCUAACCCUUUUUCCAUUCGUUUUUUAAUUCCUUUUUCGUUUGUUCGGUACCUUCCUAUAUUUAUUUUUUAAACCCAUUGGAAGUUGUCCGAGUUUUUAUUUGAUCUAGGGUUUUAGUUUUGUGUGUGUGUUUUUUUUUACGUUUUAAUCAAGAGAAAUUAUGAAGGGAGGUAGCGGUGUGGCAGAGCCAUCUGUGGUUGUUGAGAGGGUUGAGGAUGCUGAUAAGGAGAAGAAGAAAAAACGACGAUCCAAUCGUCGAUCCAAACAUAACUCGGCGAACGAAGCACGAGGAGAAACAUCAGAUGGCUUUAAAAGUGAAGACAAAACUAAUGGGUUGACAUCUGUGAAUCGUUCUUCGUCCAAACAAGGGCUGGAGAUGGCUUCCAUUGAACAGACUCCCGUUAGAGCAUAUGUUGGUUUUACUUCUACUACAAUGCAUAUAAAUGAACGAGUUGGCUUUGGUUCUGAUGAUACUGCUAUUGAUGGUGGAACUUUUUCCAACACGUGUCCUGAAUCAAUUGCCUAUCCGGUGUCAUCUCCAUUCUUCCAGUUUGAGGGUUUUAUGAGAAAGAAGCUGUUUGCUACACACUGGCAUAUAGAGGCUGUAAAGGAUGCUUUGGAGAAAGGCGAAGCUUUCAAAGCAUUGUUUCAUGUGAAUGCUCACAACCGACUCGAGGCAUAUUGCAAAAUCGAUGGGGUACCUACGGAUGUUCUUGUCAGUGGAAUUUCUUCACAGAAUAGAGCUGUUGAGGGAGAUACUGUGGUUAUUAAGGUUGAUCCCUUAGGAUUGUGGACCAAGAUGAAAGGGUCAAAUGAGUCCUCAAACAAGUCUACAGUGGUAGAAGAUUGUAACAUAGUCCAAGAAGUCAAUGAGGUAGCUGAUAAUAGCUACAAAGGUAAAGGUAUAGUUGAUGCAGAAUGUGAGUAUGGUAAUGGUAGAAGUGGAGUGCCACUUGAGAAAGGGGUUUAUAAUGAAACUCCAGUGACCAAAGCAGAAGCAUACAACCAUGUUAACGGGCAUCACCAAUAUGGUUCAGAGUCUUUGCAUGUGGGUCUUUUACCUGUGCAGAAUGAAUGCAUAAAUUCAGUGGAUACAUUGGCUGCCAUGACUAGUCGAUACCCUCUGAAACGGCCUACUGCAAAGGUUGUUGCAAUUGUUGAAAAGUCUGUUCGACGUGAUGCUAUUGUCGGCUUUCUUAAUGUUAAGCAGUGGCUUUCCUAUCGAGAACUUGAUAGAAAAGACGCACAGAAAAAUUCUGCUACUUUUGACAAUGAGUAUGUUACUUUGACCCCAACUGAUCCAAGAUUUCCCAAAAUGAUCGUUUUUGUGAGAGACUUACCAGACUCUAUACAGAAAAGGUUGGCAGAUGGUGAUGUGACAGUUGAGAUGGAGUUGCUUGCUUCCCGAAUUGAAGAUUGGAGUGCUGAAAGUCCUUUUCCACGAGCUCAUGUCUCUCGUUCUUUUGGACGGGGCAGUGAAUUGGAAUCUCAAAUCAAUGCAAUUCUAUUUCAAAAUGCAAUUCAUUGUGCUGAUUUUCCUCCUCAAGUACUUUCUUGUCUUCCAAGUAUUCCUUGGAAAAUCCCGCCCAAGGAAUUUCAAACUAGAAAAGACCUUAGAGAUUUGUGUGUGUUUACUAUUGACCCUACCACUGUAUCUGAACUUGAUGAUGCUUUAUCUAUUGAAAAGUUAUCCAAGGACACUUUUAGAGUAGGUGUACACAUUGCGGAUGUGUCGUACUUUGUGUUACCAAACACAGCCUUAGAUGUGGAAGCUCGUAUUCGAUCAACCAGCGUGUACUUGUUGCAAAGGAAAAUACAAAUGUUGCCAUCUUUGCUUUCAGAAGAGCUUGGCUCACUUAAUCCUGGAGUUGAUAGGUUUGCCUUUUCUAUGUUUUGGGAAUUAAACAACAUGGGGGAUGUUUUGGAUCGUUGGAUUGGCCGUACAGUGAUAAGGUCUUGUUGUAAGCUGUCAUAUAAGCAUGCACAAGACAUCAUUCAAGGGGUAACUGAUCUGGAGAAAUCUAACACUUUAGAAGGAUUGCCGCAGUUGCAUGGAAAAUUUGAAUGGGCUGAUGUUAUUAGAUCUAUUAAAUGUCUUCGUGAAAUUUCAAAAAAUUUGAAGGAGAAAAGAUUUAGUGGUGGUGCUCUACAGCUUGAAAGCACUAAAGUUGUUUAUCUAUUUGAUGAAGAUGGGGUUCCAUAUGAUAGCAGUCUAAGUGAGCUUAUGGAUUCAAAUUUUCUUGUUGAGGAGUUCAUGCUUUUGGCAAAUAUGACAGCUGCAGAAGUAAUAUCUAGAGCUUUUCCCCAUAGUGCAUUAUUGCGAAGACAUCCUGAACCUAAUAUGAGGAAGCUUAAAGAGUUUGAAGCUUUUUGUCGCAAACAAGGUCUAGCAUUGGAUACUUCCUCUUCCAGUCAGCUUAACCAAUCUUUGGAAAAAUUAAAGGAAAAACUCAAGGAUGAUUCUGUUCUUUUUGAUAUUCUCAUCUCGUAUGCUUCAAAACCAAUGCAAUUGGCUAGUUACUUUUGCAGUGGACAGUUAAAAGAGAAUCUAAAUGAAUGGGGUCAUUAUGGGUUGGCUGUUCCUCUCUAUACACAUUUCACUUCACCGCUACGUCGCUAUCCAGACAUUGUUGUACAUCGGACAUUGGCAGCAGUAAUUGAAGCGGAGGCGCUAUAUAUGAAGCAUAGAAAGGCGCUUAAAGGUAACAAUGGGGAGGAAGUGUGUAGAAAGUGUUUCUCUGGUAUUUAUUUUGAUAAGGAAGCUGCGAGUUCACAAGGGAAGGAUGCAUUGUCAAGUGCUGCAUUGAAGCAUGGAAUUCCUUCCUCUGAACUACUUGGUGAUGUUGCUGCAUAUUGUAAUGAGAGAAAGCUGGCCAGUAGGCAUGCCGAGGAUGCCUGUGAGAAACUCUAUAUGUGGUAUUUGCUGAAGAAAUGGAAGAUUUUGUUGUCUGAUGCUAGAGUAUUGGGAUUGGGCCCAAGAUUUAUGUCUGUUUAUAUUCAGAAACUGGCUAUUGAGAGGAGAAUACACUAUGAUGAAGUUGAAGGGUUAACUGUAGAAUGGCUGGGGUCUACCUCAACGCUGGUGCUUAGUUUAUCUGGCCACAAACGUUUGUUCAAGAGAGGUGGCCCUGGGAAUUACAUGUCUCUUGGAAACGCUGCAUGGGUCGUAAAUCCUUACGAUCUAAGUAUGGAAACAGAUAGUAUCGAUGAAUGUGAUGCAACAUGCACACCGAAGGGUGGGGCAGAGCCAACCUCGAAGUCUCGGGUUGAUCCCGGAACUUUUCCUCUAACGGUGCGUAUGCUUUCAACAAUUCCUGUGGCGCUGUAUGCAAUUGGUGGUGAUGAUGGACCCCUUGAGAUUGGGGUACGCUUGUACAUGAGUUCAUAUUUGAAGUAACUCGUGUUUUAGAUGAGGGCAGCUAAGUAGUAUUGAAGGAGCUGUGAGUUAGACAAAGGUAACGGAACCUUGUAUGGAAUGAAGAGGUUCUGUUGUAGACAAGGAAGUAGUGUAUAGCUUAUGUGGUGUAGAUACAACGGUGUGGGUUGGGAUCAGGUGGUUUGAUUUUGGGUGUUUGUGGGGGUUUAUAACAAAAUAGCUGCUCUUUAGGAAUUGGCCCGUGUUUUGAUCGGCAAGUUUCAACUAAUGUUUACCUCGAGUAACUACUCAAAAGCAUUCGAGACCGAGCUUAGGAAUCGGUUCAAUGCUUGAUACGCUAGACUGCAGCCCGAAUGUUUUUUUUUUUUUUGUUGAAGUUUGGGUGGCUUAUUUACUUUGUUUACAGAUUCUUUGUUUUUUUUUAA